CGUCCAGGCCGCGCUCAACACGAUGGUCGUGCCCCUCGUCUGCGACUACGGCUCGGGCUUCAGCAAGGUGGGCUUUGCGGGCAUGGAAACCCCCCUGGCCGUGUUCCCCACCCUCCUCGGGAAACUUCGACACGACAAUCCGCUGGUGGGGAUGGGUGAGGAGGACUGGUUCCUCGGAGACGAGGCUCAGCAUAAGCGAGGGGAACUUAGCCUACAAUAUCCCAUCUCCCGGGCAACCGUCACGAACUGGGCCAACAUGGAGAAGAUAUGGCAUCACUCCUUCUACCAGGUGCUCCGCGUCGCCCCGGAGCAGCAUCCUCUCGUGGUGACGGAGCCGCCUUUAAACACAAUGUCCAACAAAGAGAAGAUGUCACAGAUCCUGUUUGAGACCUUCAACAUGCCCGCCCUGUACGUAGCCAACCUGGGAGUCCUUUCUCUAUACGCCUCUGGCCAGACCUCCGGAACAGCCAUUGAGUCUGGAGAAGGAAUGACGUACUUUGUGCCCAUCAUUGAUGGCUGUCCUUUGCAUCAGUCAACCAUCCAGAUGGACAUGGCAGGCCAAGACCUAACCUCGUAUCUCCUGCAACUAUUGACAGGCGGUGGGCCCUCGUUGGUGAGCACAGGCGACCGGGAGCACGUCCGGAGCAUAAAAGAACAAUACUGCUACGUGGCUUUGGACUUUGACAAGGAAAAAGUAAAAACGGACUCGCCUUCCUACGCCCAGAAAGUUCAGCUGCCCGAUGGCCAGGAGGUCGCCCUCGGGCAGGAGAAGUUCUUCUGCCCCGAAGCGCUUUUCCAGGCGGACCUCAUGGGGAGAAACGACCCGGGCAUCCAUAUGAAGGCCUUCCAGAGCAUCAGCUCCUGCAGCCCCGCCCUCUGGAAGAUUCUCUUCGGCCACAUUGUCUUGUCUGGAGGUACCGGCUCCUGUUCCGGCCUGCGGUUCCGGAUGCAGAGAGAAAUAUCCACCCUGGUUUCCCCUACAAUUAACGUGAAGGUAUCCACCUGCCCCAACUCCACGUACGGCGCCUGGGUCGGGGGUUCCAUCCUGUGCUCGCUUUCCACCUUCAAGGACAUGUGGGUCACCAGCCAGGAGUAUAAGGACAUCGGUUCCUCUGUCAUCAGCAGGAGAAGCUUCUGCUUCGUGGCUUUGUGGAUGCCAUCUUCUGGCCCACCGAUGCCAACUCCACCUUGGCCGGGCUGAUCAGUGCUGAGAACCAGCUCGAACGUGAGGGUGGCCAGUCCUCCCCGGACUUCCAUCAACCUGGUCAAAAGAGGACAGACAGUCUGGGCAAGGCUGGCAACAUCUUGGGAAACGCUCACGGGCAGUCGCUUUGUUGAUGCAAGGUGACGAAGGGGAGGGGAUUUCCGCCGACCCCCGGGGAUUGGUCAGCAUGGCUGAAUGUGUGGCAGCAAGGGACAUCCCCCCGGCUCAGUGCCAUAAACAAAAGUCUGUUUCCCACUCACGCUGCAUGUCCGUUGAAGGCCAGCGGGGCUCUUUCCUAGAUUGUCCCCACGGCAGAAUCUGACCCACAGAGCAGACCCUGUCUGGAACGUUGUCAUUUACUGGGGGUGAGGACAAGAGUGCCCGGUGGGCCUUUCACUGACAAUGAAACACUCCAGCCGGACAGGGACACAGGGCACAUCUGCCCACAGUUAAUUAUCCGGAACAAGUCACACGGCCCCCAAGCACCACAGGGGCUGGGAAGUGCCAUCCUUCUGCAGACGUGACACCCCAAAUGGGAAGGAUAAAGCACGUGCUCUGGUUCAGGAGGGCACCGUUGGGGCGGCAAGGGGCCUGGUGUCCUUCUGGUGGCUUUAAUCCUCAUGCCCGGCUGUGAGAUUGGUUUAUUAAGGCUGGUUUCGUGAUUCAGGAACUGAAGCUAACAGAAGCUAAUUCACUUGGUGAAGGUCAUUACACGAUGACUAGGAGUUCAAAUCUGUGGAUAAACCUUGUAGGGGUGCAGAGGGUGAGCAUUGCAGGGGAGAAGGAACCACAGACAGUGCAGAAGCAUUUCCCCCGCUGAAGACACGUUUCCCAUGUGGACAGAGCCCUGGGAGAGUCCCACACACAGACGCUGCCUGAUGACACUUCCGAGCAUGGAAGGCAAUAAAUAAACUCUAGAGGUAGUGAGAGAAAACAGCAGCAAAGAAUCUGGUGAAGAAAUGGGCAAAAGACAUGAACAGACACUUUUCCGAAGAAGACAACCAGAUGCCCAGCAGACACAUGAAAAGAUGCUCCACAUCCC